AACUGCGGAACAGGCCGAAGCGCGCAUCUGCCCGGCCGGAGUGUGCCAGUGCUGACCGGGCCGCGCACACGGGCAGAGCUGUUUUCGGUCACGAGGACGAACCAGCCAAACGGACUGCGCCCCGUGCCGCCGGGCUCUGAAGUAGCGGCAGCAGCCGCGGCGGUCCGCGCCC